GUGUUCACAACGGAUCCUAACGGCACCGGGCUGCUUCUGACAAACUGGAAAAUCAGGAGGUGAAUAUCAAACAGCUCCAGGAUGCUGCCACCUUCCUUCCUGCUGACCUGCUGUUCACCAGAGGGCAUUUGAUUUACCAAACAUGAUGAAGACUGAGCCCCCGUCGGCCACGGGGAGCAACGGGGCCUCUGGUGGGAGCAGCGGAGGAAGCGGGAGCUCGAAUCUGCGGAGUCCCUCGCCGCACCGCAACGCCUACGAGGCAGGGCUGGCGGCGCUGAAGAAGGCCACCGACCACCUCAACAAUGCCGCCAAUGGAGGUUCUGACCCCACCACAAAGCCCGCGCCUCUGCCCCGCCCAACCGGGAGGGGCCGGCGAUAUGGCUCAAACGUUCACCGCAUCAAGAACAUGUUUAUGCAGAUGCAGUCUCCUGGUGAUGAGGAGGACGGAGCCAAAAUGAUCGAUUCACCAUUGACAUUCCUGUCAUUGUCAGAUAAAGAUCAGGCGGUGAAAUUGUCUCUGCCGAGGGCGUCAACCCUCAAUGAGGACGUUGACCACAGCGCCCUACUUAAACACGGAGGCACAGUCUCAGAGAGGGUUAACCGUUUUGACUCCAAAGCAGGAGGAGAUGGCGGGGGCUUCUCCAAGCUCCAGGAGACCAGGAGGAUCUUUGAACAGCGCACUCUACAGGAGAAGCAAGCGGCCACCAACCGGAUCUUGCUGAAGAAGGAGCGGGCGUCAGGUUUCCAGGACAGCCGCCUGGAUGUUGUGGCUCGAUUUAACGGUUCCACAGAGGCUCUGGACCGGCUGGACGACCCCCCUGUUCCAGCUCCCGCUACUCUCCCUGCUGCUGCAGCUGCAGCUGCAAUGGGGCCUGAUGAUGCCGUCAGCCCCACCGUGAGCCAGCUCAGUGCUGUGUUUGAGAAGGGUGAACUACAAAACAACCUCUACCUCCCCAAACGCCGGUCAGGACCUGCCCUGGCACCAAAACCCAAACCUCCAGCAAGAGCUGACGCAGGCGGGAGGAAGGCAAAGGCGGUCCCUCCAAGUAAGGAGGACCGAGAGGAGGUGACCGCAGGAGUUGUGAGCACCCAGGCAGCAGAUCUUCCAGAUGUGAGCAUAGGAGGAGUGACAAGCGAAGAGAAGGAGGCGUACGGACUGUCAGGAGACAAGCCCUCCUCAUCUUCCUCAGUGGCUGUCUCUUCCUCUUCAGAGGCUAAAUCAGAAUCAGAGGCCCAGCCAGCAGCGACCGAAGCCAGGGGCUCAAGUACGGUGGCAGCCCCAGACCGGCAAGCUGCAGAGCAGGACAGCUCCACCGGGGGUUCUGAUGCUGGAGCCAGGCUGGUGCAGGCCGUGGUUCAUGCCUCAUUGGAAAAUGGAGAAAAAGAGCCUCCAAGUUCCUCCCCCUCCUCAGAUGAGAAAGGAACAGACUCUGACAGGAGGGAUGAGGAAGAGGAAGAGGAGAACGAUGACGACGGCUCGAGGAAGGAGGAUUACUCUGAGGGGGAUCUGGUGGAUAUCAGUGCUUACAGCGGGAUCGGGGAGGAAGAUUCUGGGGGUAGCCAGUUGGACGAUGAGGAGGACGAGGAAGAUGAGGAGGUGUACCAGCCGGAGAGCAGCUGCUCCGAAAUCGCUGGCCUUCCAGAGGAAGAGGAGCCGGUCCCAGCCAAUAGGAAGAUUAAAUUCAGCACUGAGCCAAUUAGGGUCUUCACCACCUACUCUAACGAAGAUUACGACCGACGUAACGACGAUGUCGACCCCAUGGCAGCCUCCGCCGAGUACGAGCUGGAGAAAAGAGUGGAGAAGCUGGACCUAUUUCCUGUCGAGCUGGAGAAAGACAGUGAUGGUCUGGGUAUCAGCAUCAUAGGCAUGGGUGCAGGAGCUGAUAUGGGUCUGGAGAAACUGGGAAUCUUCGUGAAGACGGUCACUGAUAACGGAGCGGCACAGAGAGACGGCAGGAUCCAGGUGAAUGAUCUGAUAGUGGAGGUUGAUGGGACAAGCCUGGUUGGUGUUACUCAGAGCUUUGCUGCAUCUGUCCUCCGCAACACCACAGGCACCGUCAGGUUUGUGAUUGGCCGGGAGAAACCGGGGGAGCAGAGCGAAGUGGCUCAGCUGAUCCAGCAGACUCUGGAACAGGAGAGAUGGCAGAGAGAGAUGAUGGAGCAGAGAUACAAACAGUACAUGGAUGAUGAUGAAGAGACAGGAGAAUAUGCAACAGACGAGGAGGAGGAAAUGAGUCCUGUGUUUCCAAACUCCAUUGAGGUUUUCGACCUGGCAGAGAACCAGGACAUGUUGUCCCCUGUGGAGCUGGACCCUGAGAAGCUGACCCAUAAAUUCAAGGAGCUCCAGAUUAAACAUGCAGUGACCCAGGCAGAGAUCCAGCUGCUAAAGAGGAAGCUGGCUCAUGCAGAGCAGGAUAAGUUACGUUGGCGGAUGGAGCGUGCUCAGUUGGAGCAAAACAUCCGGGACAGUAAAGAGAGGAUGGAGAAACUGGAGGGAUACUGGAUGGAGGCACAGUCCCUAUGUAAGGCCGUGGAUGAACACCUGAAAGAAACCCAGGCUCAGUACCAAACCCUAGAGAGGAAAUACUGCAAAGCCAAGAGACUGAUUAAAGAAUACCAGCAAAAGGAAAUCGAGUACCUAAAGAAGGAGACAGCUCAGCGUCGAGCACAAGAGGAGAGCGAGGCAACACACAAAGAGGAGACGGACAACCUGCAGGAAAAGAUUACAGACUUGGAGACCAAAGUGGAUGCCCUGAAAACCCCCAACCCCUCCUAGACUGCUGCUACUUCCUACCUCCUGUCUGUGACUGGAAGAGGUGGAGCUCUGCCUUCAUUCUGACCGGGGCUGUAUUUUACUCCAAUCAACCCAUUUACUGCACGGACGGGUAGCGGGUGGGUGGCGGGGGGUGGGGGGGAGAAUAACAAGGAUGACAAUGAUAAGCGAGAGGAAGAGGAGUGUGACAUACAAAGCGGAAAGAAGCAACCUCUCAUCUGACAUCUGCCAGUCGCUUAGAGCUCCGUCAGUCAAAUAACCAAUCCCAGAAUGCACCCUCUGUAAUACCCAGAAUCCUCCUAGUGUGUCUUCCUGGCAACCAGCUUGGCAAUCAACACAGAAAAACCACAUUGAAGAUCCUGUAAUUUAUUUAUGGAUGAUUGCUUGUCCUCUCCUCAUCAACUGUAUCUUACCGGGAGUCUAUUAUCAAUUCAAAUUUAUUUUAAAAAAAGCGCUUUUAACGAACAGGCUCAUCACAAAGUGCUUUAUAGAGUGACAGAGGGCAUAAAUGUAGAGAAAAAACGAGUAACAAGAACAAGAAUGGACAAAGGUUAUUUGAUUGUCGUUAUACUACUUUUUAACAAGGUGGUUGAUGAACCAUCUCUUUUAUGGAACUGGAUCCUUAUGGAGAGGACAGAUCUACAAGGAGAAGUGGCCACCUCAUUUUAUUUCAAGACUCGACACAAAUUUCGAAGUGGAGACUCGAUAGUAACACAUA